GUGUGAUACGGUGCCUAGCUGCUGAUCCUUGGAGGAUUGUGAGUGCCUCUGAUGACAAAACAAUUAAGGUUUGGGACCGUGAAACUUUACGUCGACUGGUGACACUUCGUAAUCACACUGAUGGUGUCACCUGCCUCGCCUUCAACGACCAUGUGAUUGUUAGUGGAUCUUAUGACAAGACUGUCAAGCUUUGGGACUUCAGUGUCUGCUGAAUUUUCUUGUUUUUCUUUUAUAUAUUCUCCAAACUUUACAAAGCAGUGUUAUUUGAAAUUGUAAUAUUUUAUUUGCUCUUAAAGAAAGAAACUAAGAUGAAGAGGGAGAGAUGUGAAAAACCUGCCCAACUUUGCAUUUAGAUUUAGUUUUUACAACUCAGAUAUUUUUGUUAGGUAUGGCUAUGUGGUUUUAGGUAUUCUUUAUGUCAUGAAGUUAAUAUUGUAAGAUAAGAUACAGUAAUAAGAGGUGAAUUAAUGUGUGUAAAGCAGAAGUAAGAAGAGUUUUUUCCAAAGAAUUUGUGAAGAGAUUCUUUGAAAUGGCUCAAGUUUGUUUUCAGAAGGAGCUGUUUGUAAUUCCUUUUCUUUCUUCUUUUCUUCCAUUUCAUUCUUUUUCCUUCUCAAUUUCUUUUGAUAAAGAAAUGGACUUCAGUCUAUUUUCUUCUGCCACAACUGCUAAUAAAGAAGAAAACUCAAUGUGAUUUAUAAGUUUAGGGUAGAGGAAGAAUGAACAGCUAAUAGUCAGUAUGCCAUAGUUUGGCUAUAAGGUUAAUCAUUUUAUGGGUCUGUAGUUGACUAUUUUUUACAUGUAGAUAUUGCAUACCAUAUAGAGCUUGUUUUUAUGGUUAAUUGUCUAGAUCCUGUGAAGUCCAACUAAUGUUAGCAGAAACUCAUUUCAAUUUAAAGUGUGUUCUUCUGUCCGCAGAAGAGUUGUAUGUGUGGGUGAGUACAUAAGGCUUUUUAUAUGUAGCUUUCUUGUAGCUUUUUCUUUUUCAGUUGGAAACAGUUAGUGAUUACUGUGGACUUUGUACUAGAUAUGCAGAAGACAUAAUUGUGUAUUGGUAUUGUGAAUAUGGUACACUUGUAGAUCUGCUGUAGUUUGCAUUGAAAAUAUGAGAUAAAAUAAUCUGGAAGGGAUAUUGUAUGCAUGAAGAGAACUGUCUGUCCAUGCCUAUGGCUCUCUAUUUAUUACACAAUAGGACAUACUGGAAGAUUUUUAUAAUUACCAGGGGAGGACCUAUCAGUCAGAUGCAGAUUUGACUCUAAGGUUCCUUUGUUCGAAAGCAAACACUUUUUCUCUUUUUUUUUUAACUCUCCUUUCUUUAUAUUUAUAGUUCAGCCUGAGUGAAUGUACUUUAACAAAGUUUGCACAAAAUGAGUGUUACUGAUAUCAUGGGUUGCUAAUAUUUUGCCCAUUAGUGAUUAGUGAUGUUCUGUCAUGUCAAGGCAAAUAUUACCAAAAGCUGGGUAACACCUUACAACAUCAUUAGCCCAUAUCCUUACCGCUGGUAUAAGAUUUCACGUACACCUGUCCUUACCAGAUUGACAAAAAAUUUAUCCAUUGUAAUUGGGUUAAGCUCUGCUCUGGCAUACUCAAGCCUUACUAAUACAAUACCCCUAACUAUAUGGUUAUCACCUUUAGAUAGGUUGGAUCCCUUGAAUAACCAUUGUUUUUUGGUAUAAAGAAAAGAAAAAGAGCCUCAUUAGUGAGUUUAAAGUCUUCCUGUGUAACUUUCAAACACGUAGAUCUAGGUAUAGAUUUAGGAACAUAAACCUGUGCUGUGAAAUUAUGUGUUUUUGCAUGUUGAAAACUAUCUUUCUUGUUUCCUGUAGUUGUAGAUUGUAAGUAUUAUUUUGGUAGAAGUAGGUUAUGAGUUAAUCUAAAGUAGUGGGGUCUUUACAGUUGUGGCAUGAUAUUGAUUCACAUUGGUCAACCUAAUUUCUUUUACAAUUUUUCGGCCAAAGUAUCUCAUCCAAGGAACAACAGAUUGUAGUUGUGGUGACCUCUCUCUAGGCCUUGCAUAGUUUUUACAUAUAUAUCUAUAUGUGUAUACAGCUUAGCUCAUGCAUUUUCAGGCUGCCUUGCUAUGCAUUCCAUUCUUCUCCAGUGAUAAGAUUACCUUUACUAGGAAUUAGUGCAUGGAAUUUUCCUUGUUAGAGCAAAGAUGAUACUGCAGUAGUGAGCCAAUGCCUUUACUUGUUUGUAAUGGUGGAUGUUGGUAACCACUUUCUUAGCCUUAUGAUGUUAUGCUUUUGUACUGACAGCUAUGGAAAGGAUGUUGGAAUGUGAUACAACUGACCUUUAUCAAAACAUGCGCCUUUUUAAUGCUGAUUUAGGUCUUCAUCUGCGUGGAAUAUACUCAGAUUGAAAUUUGCAACAGAGUAGAAAUAAUAUUUUUGUAUCAGCACUGCAACUCAGUGCAGAGUGCAAAUUACCUGCAAUAUACCAUUUGCUUAGAUUUUAGUCAUGUAAUGAAGUUUGCAUGUUCUGUAAACAUUAGUAUAAUUUUCUUUAUUACUCAGAUUUUUGUUGCGUCCGUCACUCUCUUUAUUCUUUGUUAUAAUUACAUGUUGCUUAUAGAUUGUUGCUUGAUAUUGGUUUAGCAAUUUAUUUUAUUACAUAUUUUUGUUAUUUUAUUACAGUUUAUUAAUUUGUUCAUUUAUUCAAUUUGCUUCUUGAAUUUUUUUUAUCGACUUGUUCACUAGUUUUAUAUAUUUAUGUAUUUAUUUAUUUGUUUGUUUGAAUAUCCAUUUAUGUAUAUUUAUAUAUGUAUUUACAUAUGUAUUUGUUUAUUUUUGUGACAUUUCCUGUCCAGUAAAUGAGGAAGACAUGCUGCAGGGAUUUUCCUGUUGUUUGUUGUUUGUACAUCAUAUGGUGAUCUCACAACACUAGAUAAAGUGAAACAUGUCUUUUGCAACUCUAUUGAUAUUUUGUCAAGGUAUUUGAAUACUUCUGUACUUUUUUUCAAUUUGCUCUGUUUUCUGUAAGAAUAAGUGUAUAUGAGCAAUAUGUGUGUGUGUGUGUGUGUGUGUGUGUGUGUGUGUGUGUGUGUGUGUGUGUGUGUGUGUGUGUGUGUGUGUGUGUG